AUGUUUGUAUGUAAGGAUACACAAUACUCUUUUCAUAGCAGUGACCAGGAACUUACAUUUUGAAUAAUAAAAGAGCAUAGUAUGCAGGCGGUAAUAAAGCCCUGUGUAUAGCUAACCAUGGAACAGGUCACAAACAUGUACUUGAGUGUACACGGAAAUAACACUGCAAUUAAUGUGCGCACCAUGUAUAGUGCAGUUCAUUCUCGAAUUUGCGCUCACUGUUGUCAAAUCAUUCCACCUCCACAUCCGCAAUUCAAGACUCUCUGGGACUACACUUCUUUCUCCAAUUUAAUAAGUGAUUCUCGCUGUGAUUGUCAGUCAUUAUAACUUUAACUGUGACGAUCGGCAGGUAUAAAGUUGGCUGCAGGUGAAAUUGCUGAGCCUACUUUAAUAUUUGGACACCGUUUGUUGGCAGCAUAGUGCCAAAUUCCAAUAUCCGGGAUGUCGGAUGACUGCAGCAUUUUACCGAUGAGAGACUACUGCCUCAUGAACCAAGGAGAGUCGGCAAGGGUGGUAUGCAAGGACAUUGCCUGUCCACCACCUGAACUGCCAGGGCCACCACCAGAAUGUUCCCCAUAUAUAUAUCCUGACUACUCGCUGUUAUUUCUUCUCGGGCUGUUGGGUCCCCUUGUGGUUUGCGUGAUUUACAAACUUUAUUAUAGGAGUCGCAAGAGAGGAGCCCCUAAAAAUGCUGAUAUUGACUUGGACAAGGCACACUAUCCCCCAACAGUUUCUUCUUCCAGGCAUGGGUACAGCUUCGACUUUCAGACAAAAUUCAAAAAGUCCAAGGAGAUCCCAGAAGAGGAGCUUUCAAAGAAAGCCUCGAGCAACAAGGGCCCGGCCGGGCAAAAUCAGAAUGAUGCCCCAAAGAAGGAAGCAGCAGCUGGUCCAAAGUGUACAAGCACCACAGAGGACGAGAGGAGUGGGUUUGAGAGGCCCAGCGGGGCAGGGAAGGUAGGUCCCAAGAAUGAGGCUGGAGUCAGACCACGAAGCAUUGCCAAUAAUGGCAGUGGACCAGAGAAAGAGGCAAAAGUCAGACCUCAAAGCAUUGCCAAUAAUGCCAGAGUCAAGCCACACCCUCGAGAACCAAGUAAGAAAGACAACAGGGGGAGCACUGUCAAAGAGGACAACAUGUAUACUGAACCCUCAAAGAAAAUAUCGAACAAAGACAGGCAAAAAACUGACUCUGGCCGAAAGACCCCUACAGAUCUAGAAAAGAAAUAGAAGAAAAAGGAUACAAGUGGGUUUCCCAGUUACAUUCAGAGGCUGACUCUUAAAUAUACGGAGCUGUAUCAAAUGGUACAGUGUCCAAACUUGGGCAGAAAUAGGAGCUGGGAAUAAGGGGAGUGGGGUUUCCAGGGAUUGCAGACAAAAAUUUUAAAAAAAGAUUUUACUGACAAGUUUGUCAGUAUCUCCAGAAUAGGCUGACAGAUCUGGACUAAGAUUAUAGGGGUAAGCUAGACGGGUGCAGCGAUAUAAGGCCACAAAAAUUGGGGGGCACAAAAUGUUGUAAAUAAUGGCUUCAAGAAACUUUAGAAAACGUUGGUAAAUUUGCAAAAUUUCAACAAGAUUUUGGUUUUGGGUUUUGGUGUAAAUAAGGCUAGCCUUAUUUUGGCUGAGAAUAUGGGGGAACAAUAAUGGGUAUGUAAGACACACAAAAUUAUUUUAGGUGAAAUUGUAUUGAUUUUCUUAGAAAUCUGGAGUAAGCAUCCUUGGACAAGUUACAGAAUGAAAUCGUGUGUACAAAAGUUGUAAGUGAGUUUAAUUUUGUCUGCAGCUUUUUGUUACAUAUAUACAAUGUAUUUUCUCUUGCUCUGAUUUCAAGUGUUAUUUUUUAAAGACUUUCCAAUAUUCAAGAUGAGGUAGCUUGAUGCAUUUUGAAAGGAAAGAGUAUUUUUAUUUCAAAUAUAAAGUGUUAAACAACAUUUAUCAUAACGGAGGAUGACUUUUUAAAAACGCUUUCUAAAUUGUAGAGUUGGAUUACAUUCUUCUUUUAUCGUUAGCUCCAAGCAGUUGAAAAGGAU